AAUAGGUCAGACGAGAGGCAGCAUCACAGUUCAACUUGAGCUUCACCCAUAUUAGGUUCAGUGAUCCAACAACUACUAAACAAAAAUGAAACUGUUCGUGAUCGCUGCCCUCGUCGCCGUGGCCGCUGGAGCUCGCUUGGAGCAUCUUGAGCGUGCAUACCUUCCUCCCUUCGGUGCCAACGGAGGCUCAGCUCAGCUCGGCUCCCAAGGAUCCUUCGGAGGUAACUCCGGAGCAUUCGGCGCAGCUGGCGCUGAUCAAUCAGGUGCUUUCGCCGGUGCCACCUCCAACCAGUACCUGCCUCCUGACCACGGACCCUCAGGAUCCAACGGAGCUCCUCAGUUCGCUGGUUCCCUCCAAGGUUUCGGCGGUGCCCAGAACUACCGCAGCCAGCAAUACAGCGGCCAGCAACAGUACUCUGCCCCCAGCUCCCAGUACUCUGCCCCCAGCUCCCAGUACUCUGCCCCCAGCUCCCAGUACUCUGCCCCCAGCUCCCAGUUCGGUUCCCAGGCCCAGUUCGGACAGCAAGCCGCCGCCAGCCGUCAGUACCUUGCCCCCCAGGCCUCCUCCCAGCAGUACCCUCAACAAGCCUUCGACGAGGAAACCGGAUACCAUUACUAAGUGUGCAUAGUUUAGCAUGUAAUCUUGUAGGCCAGUGACAUAAUUUUUAUGUGGAAUAAAUAGUUGUGUAUAAUAUAAA